AAAAAGAAUCUCCAUCCAAACCAAUCCAAAAGGAUUCCGAAACCGCAAUCACAAUGGCCAAGUCUACCAUCGUGAUUGCCCUUUGUUUCUUGUCCUUUGUUGGUUUGGCUUAUUCCCAGGACCGCUUCUUCAUCGAGGGCAAAGUUUACUGUGACACAUGCCGCACUCAGUUCCUGACCAGGGUCAGCGAGUUCAUGCCAGGUGCAACGGUGCGCGUGGAGUGCAAGAAAAUUGAAGGCGGGGAGGUGAUAUUCAGCAAGGAGGUUGUGACCGAUGGGAGCGGUUCCUAUAAAAUUGCAGUGGAUGGAGAUCAUCAAGAGGAGGUUUGCCAGAUUAAGCUUGUGAAGAGCAGCAGGGCUGACUGUGGAGAAGUUGACAACUCCUCUUACGUUGAAAAGGCAGCAAGGAUCAGCCUCACCAAGAACAAUGGAAUUGUGUCCCCAAUCCGCAAUGCUAAUCCUCUUGGUUUCUUGGUGAAGGACCCUCUUCCUGUGUGCAAUCAAAUCUUCCAAGAGCUUGGACUUCUUGAUGAUCUUGAAUUAUGAAUCCAUUCUAACAGCCAUUAGCCAACAAAGAAGGGACCAAUCUUUCUUAACCAUAUGUAUGCAUAUGUGGGGGACUUUUCCUAGCCUUGGAUAUUCUAAAAUGUGAAAAUGGAUCCUUUGGUUGGGGUGUUUCUUGUUGGUAGGGUUUGGAUGAUUGGUUUUUGGCUGUUUUGUGUAAUCAACAUAUUUUCAUGGGUUCUAAUGUUAAAAUAUAUCGUAUUGGAUGUGUGUCCUCAA